AUGAAAAGCAUUCGAGCCUGUGUCUUCUGCUGUGAGACUCUUCGAGCAAGGAAUCAGAUCAUCUAUGAGGAUGCUCAGGUUGUUGCUAUACUGGACCACAAUCCAAGAGCAAAGAAACACGUAUUGGUGAUCUCACGUGAACAUAUUCCAUUUGUAGACAGUCUUACACCGGCACAUUCUGAUUUAUUGGAACACAUGCUGACAAUGGGGAAAGAGAUUCUGGCAAACGAUGGCUUUGUUGAUGAAGAAAAUCGUCGAUUUGGCUUCCACCGUUCUUAUUUCGCCUCUAUUCCACACCUGCACAUGCAUUGCUUGGGUCUACCUUUUCUCCGAGCAUGGGACCACUUGCGAUAUACUGAAUCUUUCUUGCCAUCGUACAUUUGUGCUGAGAGAGCUCUUGCUGCGCUUCGCACAAAGCAAGAUACAUUAGAUACAAGUGACGUCUGA